GGAGCCCCCCCCGGGCGCUGCCCGGCCGGACGAUGGGCACCCUGCGCGAUCUGCAGUACGCGCUGCAGGAGAAGAUCGAGGAGCUGAGGCAGCGGGACGCGCUCAUCGACGAGCUGGAGCUGGAGCUCGACCAGAAGGACGAGUUGAUCCAGAAGCUGCAGAACGAGCUGGACAAGUACCGCUCGGUCAUCCGGCCCGCCACGCAGCAGCAGCAGCAGGCGCAGCAGCAGCAGGCGCAGCAGCAGCAGGGCGAGCCCAGGACCAAGCGGCAGGCCAUCUCCGCCGAGCCCACCGCUUUUGACCUCCAGGACCUCAGCCACGUCACCCUCCCCUUCUACCCCAAGAGCCCACAGUCCAAGGAUCUAAUAAAGGAAGCUAUCCUGGACAAUGACUUCAUGAAGAAUCUGGAACUGUCUCAGAUUCAGGAGAUUGUGGAUUGUAUGUAUCCAGUGGAAUAUGGCAAAGACAGUUGUAUCAUCCAAGAAGGAGAUGUUGGGUCACUGGUGUACGUCAUGGAAGAUGGAAAGGUUGAAGUCACGAAAGAGGGUGUGAAGCUGUGUACCAUGGGACCAGGAAAAGUCUUUGGAGAAUUGGCUAUUCUUUAUAACUGCACUCGGACAGCGACCGUCAAAACUCUUGUAAAUGUGAAACUUUGGGCCAUCGAUCGACAAUGUUUUCAAACGAUAAUGAUGAGGACAGGACUCAUCAAGCACACCGAGUAUAUGGAAUUUUUAAAAAGUGUUCCAACAUUCCAGAGCCUUCCUGAAGAGAUUCUCAGUAAGCUCGCUGACGUCCUUGAGGAGACACACUAUGAAAAUGGGGAGUACAUAAUCAGGCAAGGUGCUAGAGGUGAUACCUUUUUCAUUAUCAGCAAAGGAAAGGUAAAUGUCACUCGUGAAGAUUCACCAAGUGAAGAUCCAAUCUUUCUUCGCACUUUAGGAAAAGGAGAUUGGUUUGGAGAAAAAGCUCUUCAAGGGGAAGAUGUGAGAACGGCCAAUGUAAUUGCUGCAGAAGCGGUAACCUGCCUUGUGAUUGACAGAGACUCUUUCAAGCACUUAAUUGGAGGGUUGGACGAUGUUUCUAAUAAGGCUUAUGAGGAUGCAGAAGCUAAAGCAAAAUAUGAAGCUGAAGCUGCCUUCUUCGCCAACCUGAAACUUUCUGAUUUCAACAUCAUUGACACCCUUGGAGUUGGAGGUUUCGGACGAGUUGAACUGGUCCAGCUGAAAAGUGAAGAAUCCAAAACAUUUGCAAUGAAGAUUCUCAAGAAACGCCACAUAGUGGAUACAAGACAGCAAGAGCACAUCCGUUCUGAAAAGCAGAUAAUGCAAGGGGCUCACUCAGACUUCAUUGUGAGACUUUACCGAACCUUCAAGGACAGCAAAUAUUUGUAUAUGUUGAUGGAAGCAUGCCUGGGUGGAGAGCUUUGGACUAUUCUCAGGGAUAGAGGUUCAUUUGAAGAUUCUACAACUAGAUUUUAUACAGCGUGUGUGGUAGAAGCCUUUGCCUAUCUGCAUUCCAAAGGAAUCAUCUAUAGGGACCUCAAGCCAGAAAACCUGAUUCUAGAUCAUCGAGGUUAUGCCAAACUGGUUGAUUUUGGCUUUGCAAAGAAAAUAGGAUUUGGAAAGAAAACAUGGACUUUUUGUGGGACUCCUGAAUAUGUAGCCCCGGAGAUCAUCCUGAAUAAAGGUCAUGAUAUUUCAGCAGACUACUGGUCACUGGGAAUCUUAAUGUAUGAACUCCUGACUGGCAGCCCACCUUUCUCAGGCCCAGAUCCCAUGAAGACCUAUAACAUUAUACUGAGAGGAAUUGACAUGAUAGAAUUUCCAAAGAAGAUUGCAAAAAAUGCUGCUAAUUUAAUCAAAAAACUAUGCAGGGAUAAUCCAUCAGAAAGAUUAGGUAACUUGAAAAACGGCGUGAAAGACAUCCAAAAGCACAAAUGGUUUGAAGGCUUCAACUGGGAAGGCUUGAGAAAAGGCACCCUGACACCUCCAAUAAUACCCAGUGUUGCAUCUCCUACAGACACAAGCAAUUUUGACAGUUUCCCUGAGGACAACGACGAACCACCACCUGACGACAACUCGGGCUGGGAUAUAGACUUUUAAUGUAUUUCUCUUACCUGCUUCUGCCUUGCUGAAGACAGCUUUAUGGAGACAGAGCUGCCAGCAAACCUGAAGGAAUUGGGAAGGAUUAGUACUCGGGGUCACCAUGAUGCCUUGAUUGAUGCUGCUCCAGUAACUACAGUGGCAUUAGGACUUAUUGCUUAGAUGACUCUAGUGCUCUUUACAUGUUUUAUGUUUGAACUUAAAAUAGCAGUUGGCAUGGUGGUCCUGAAACAAAGCCUUUUCACCAGUAAAGAAAUAUGUUUUCUAUCACUGCAAUGACCUUGCUCUGCUCUAAUUUUAAUUUGAAAGAUUAACUAGUGUAAGAAACACUUAUGGUAAAUCCAGUAUAGCAGUUUGUACGCUGCAGGUAGAAUUACCAGUAGGAUCAAAUAAUAACGUAUUGGGUACCGUAGUUUUCUAUGGUACAGAAACCGGGCUACUCCCACUCUUCAAAGUGAGUGUGCAGGGUCUUUUACUUCAGGCCAGUGUAUAUAUCAAAGAGGACCACAACACUUUUGGUCAGAGCUCAUUUCAAACCAGUGCUAGAAGUGAUAUUAUUUUUUCCAGCAGUGUUCAUGACGAGACUGAAUGUUUCCUUUUAUUUCUGGCAGAUUUUUAAAACUAAAAUGAUAAAAGCACAACUGCUGAGAACUGUCCUGGCAGGCAUGUAUCCGUUCUUUCAGAGGACUGAAAAUGCAGUGCAUGUCUGUUUGUUCGUUUGUUUGGGUUUUUUUUUUCCCUUUUGGUACAAAUAUGUGAUUGGAUGAAAAUAGCUACUCAUAAAACCAUUUCACUAUUAAAAUUACAUCACGCUUAAAGAAUGGUCCUGGAAAUAGAUUAAUAGCAGCUAGUCGGUUUUGUUUAUUACCAAUAAACCCUCAAACUGAGGCAUAAAGUGAUUUUCAUUUUUUCUGGUCCCUAGGGGGAAUGAAAGAAGACCCAUUAAAAAACUCUAUAGGUGCUAUGAAUAUCUUUCAUUGUAAACGUCAGUGUUUGACCAGUCAACUCAAUUUUCAACCAUUUCAUGAGUAUGUAGCCAGAAAAGAAAUAGUUUCCACUGAGCCUAUUAAACCAAACCUUUGUAAGAAAUUACUUUUCCUUCCCACAAGCUUGUAGUCUAGGGGGAUUCAAAUAGGCCUUUGGAGCUUCUCUUUCAUCAAAUUCCAUACCUUGAUGUCCUGGACUGAACAGCAAGCUCCCUUUAAAGAUGAAGGCAUUCUCCAGUAUAAGGACUGAAAAAAUGCAGCUAUCCCAAAGCAUAGGAUGGAAUAGGCACCUGGCCUACCAUCUAAAAUGGUCUGAGUCCAUGACCAUCAGGAGAGGGACAGGGGAAGAAGGCAUGGGAUGAUUUGAUCCAAUAUAUUCACCUUAGGUCAUCAUAAAUUAUAACUGACCAAUCUAGACCUGUCAUCUCUAAACCUACCAACAAGGAAAGACUGGGGCAAAAGUUUUAAAACCAGACUUUGUUUUUCACAGGUCAAAAGAUAUUUCAGUUGAAUCCUUGGCUAAUUAACAUGAACCAUUUUUAUUCAAAAUUGUUCUCAGGCACAGCAUAGAAAGAGUCCUUUUGUAUGCCUCUUGUUUGAGAUACAGUGUUACACACUUAUGAAGUGGUAUAUAUAUUCUGAAUCCAGUAUUAUAGGAAGGAAAGUCCACUUGGGGAAAACCUACUUUAUGGAAGGCAUUCAGCUAAGUAUUUGGAUAUACUGUAUAAACUGUAUACCCAUCAAAAAUAAAAUGUAGCAAUGUAUUGUAGAACCUCUGUUGCAUAUUCAGGUCACAACCAUGAUUACAGAUUAUAUGGAGAACGAUAACAUUAAAAUAAGCUGUGGUAUGUCACAAACAGUGGAAUAAUUGGUUGUGUUGCAGACUGCUUUCAAAUUGUAAUGGCAUAUUUUUCUCAAGACAUCAUGGUCUCAUGAAAGGUAGAGGUAGAAAAGACAAAUGAGCUUAUUUAAAUGUAAUAGAAACAUCUUUGACCUUCUUAUUCAAACUGAAGGUACAUACUUUGAGGGUGUAAAAUCUGGAAAUAUGUUUAAGGGUUUUUUGUCUCCUUCCAGUGUCUAGAUUGGCCUGAACUCCAUGGAUGGAGUUCAAGAUCUCCACUCAACCACUACCCAUGAGAUAACUUGCCUAAUGUAGUAGAUUUGAAUGGUCCGGAUCAUACAAAGCCUUCUAAAGUCAACAAUUCUGGACACUGAUUCAAUUUUCUGAGAUUUCUCUAUUUCCUAUAUACCUGACAAUGUUAUCUGCAUUGUAAACUUAACAGAUGGGAUAAAAACAAAAAUAAAGCAUGCCAGUUUGCUGGAGAGAAAAAAAACACCAUUAGCAUUAAAGGUUUUUACUAAGUUUAAAUAAGAUGAUCUUCUCCCAGUCAAAUUCACUCCUCAUUAGUAAAUUGCAGGUUAUUGAUGGAAACCUAGACAGUACCCAGGUGUCCCGAGUUAUUGUAGCUAUUGACUAAAGGGGAAGCACCAAAAUGUUAUUUUCUAGCCCUUUCUAUGAUUUUCACUGGGCAAAUAUCCCAGGGCAGGCCCAAGGGAGCUAAGAAGUGCCCUUGAUGAAAGGAAAAGUACCCACCAAGUGACUAGGGCUCUCAAAACCCAAAACAGCUUUGAGGUUCUCUGGGACUACUCCAAGUGAUUCCAUUGGGUCUAGAACACGUAGGGAACCUGCUGCUGCCUUAAUUGGUUGGACGACGAGGAACCUGCUUCAAGCUGGACUUUCCCUGGUAGGCUCUGAUCAGUUCUCAGCCACAUCUUCAGGAUCGCCAAAGGACCUUGGGGAAGCCUUGUUUCCUCCAACCUUUGUGGAGUCAUUGGUAAAGCCCCCAGACCCAAUUCUCCCCCCAUCCCAACCAGAGAGGAGUUCUGGACUAAGAGGGACUGACCCUACUUAGUGUGGCAGUCUCUACCCUCAUGACAUGAUAUUGGUGUCAUGACACGGCCAGCAGCUUAAUCUUGGUGAUGACUAGGAUAAUGGCCACCCAGAGGUAGCUACAAUUUAGCUGAUAGGUGUGGGGCCUCAGCUUCUGUGUAAUGGCUAUUGGAAAAUGGUACAUUUACAAAUGAGGAAUGACUUAGGUCCUGGGAGCAUUGGACUUGUUAAGCUUAAGAUUUUAUGUACAUUUGUUAGAAUUUGAAAUAAAAUGAUUGCCUGAGAAAGGGCAUCUUGAUCUACUACCAAGCCAUCUUCAUUUUGCAGCAUUCACUGCAGAAGCAGUGUGGCUUAGUGGAAAGAGCAUGGUCCAGGGACUUAGAGAACCUGGCUCUAAUCUCAGC